AGAGAGCGGAGCGCGCUGUGCAGAUGAGGAUGGGAGCCCUUCUGUCCACAUAAUCUCAUGUAGCGCUCCAACAUCGAGGACACAAAAGUGGACCUGCAAGCGCCGAUCUGCGGGGGAAGAUCCCAGCUCUGCAAAAUGAGGACAGCCAUGCGCCAUGGAGCAGCCGUGUUUCUGGCCAUCACCAUGUGCACCAGCUUGUUCUUUGUGUAUAACGUGAAUAACAGCGAUGGGGGCAGAUCCAGCGAUGGGGCCGGCCAGACAGUGAAGACCACCAAAGCUCCAGCCAAAGCCCGGCCAGCUCCUCCAGCCCUACAGGGCUACACCAGCAUCAUCGACCACAGUCCCCUGAAGAUGCACUGUGGAAGCUGUGCGCUGGUCACCAGCUCCGGUCACCUGACGGGCGGAGGGCGGGGCCAGGAGAUCGACCAGGCAGAGUGCGUCAUCCGCAUGAACGACGCGCCCACCGGCCGUGGCUUCGCACAGGACGUGGGCCGCCGCACCAGCCUGAGGGUCAUCGCGCACUCCAGCAUGCAGCGGGUCCUUCGCAGCCGCCACGAGCUGCUGAACUCCAGCCAGGACACCGUCUUCAUUUUCUGGGGCCCCAGCAGCUACAUGAGGCGAGACGGCAAGGGAUUAGUCUACAACAACCUGCGCCUCAUGAACCAGGUGCUGCCCAAGCUCAAGGUCUACAUCAUCUCCUGGCAGAAGAUGCUGCAGUUCGAUGACCUCUUCAAGAGAGAGACGGGCAAAGACAGGAAGAUAUCCAACUCCUGGUUGAGUACGGGAUGGUUCACAAUGACCAUAGCACUGGAGCUGUGCGACCGAAUCAACGUUUACGGCAUGGUGCCUCCAGAUUUCUGCAAGGAAGCUCAACGCCCCUCCGUCCCGUAUCACUACUACGAGCCCCUGGGGCCGGACGAAUGUGCCAUGUACAUCUCCCACGAGCGCGGGCGGCGGGGCAGCCAUCACCGCUUCAUCACAGAGAAGCGCGUCUUUGCUAAUUGGGCAAGGACAUUCAACAUCCAUUUCUACCAGCCGGACUGGAGCCCGCCGCCUUUGCCCAAAAACACCACAGGGACCACAGUCUUGCCUCAGUCACGGAGAACGUGACUCCAAGUGGGACAUGUUCAGAAGAGCACGAAAUGCUUGACUAAACAUGGCUGACUAAGCCCCAUUGCCAUGUGCACAGAGCUGCUCGAUAGACUGAGAAAGGGCAGUGCUCUGAGAGGACUCGUGCUGUGCCUGACAGCUCCAAGAAGGACGCCUUUUCCUUUUGCACAUCGCUGUUUCUUCGUAUUUGAAUGAAUGGAAUGAUCAGAGAAUCACAUGCUCAAGAAGAAGCAUGUGAUUGUCCGGUCUCUGCUAUGAAUGCGUGGACAUUUCCUAUCCAUGAGAGGUGAUUACUGAUACUUGACACUUUUUACAUACAUAUACAGUGCAUUUGACUGAUGGUGUUCCACAGGGCACUGUCUUAGGGCCGCUAUAAUUUCAAAUACAGAUACCCAGCAUGUGUAGAAGAGUUAGCAAAUCCCAGGGUAAAAUAUGUCAACGUAUUGGCCUUGAGGUGUGUAUGGAGAAAAUAAACCACCGUCACUGCCUGGAAGAUAUCUACAAAAGUGCACUAAAUUGAGGCAUGAAUGUCAUUUGAACACCAUGUAUAGGAGAAGAAAAUUGAGUUCAGCCAAACUGGAAAGGUUUUAAAAGAGGUUAUGAGAAGAAAAUAUUAAUUCAAUCUCAUACAAAUUGAAUUUAAGCAGACAUCUCAUUUAUUGAAUUUAAUUGAUUUCUCUUUUUAUGUUUAUUUUUCUGAGCAGAGCUUGUUUUUGUCUCUGUUUUACUUUGCUGAAUUCUCAGGAUCUGUCAUUUCUUUUGUAAAAUGAAUUGUACAUAGUAGAAAAUAACUCACACAAGGAUGCAUAGAAGUUAUCAAAUUGUAUUUACAGUUUUAAUGAAAUGUUUUAGAGCCAUAUUUGUGUUGGCAUCGAAACGUCAUGGUUUGAACUUUCAUUGUUAUGAAUUUGAAAUGCCCAAAUUAAAGACUGCAGUUGAAUUUCA